GCAUCGGCAGUGGUAGACCAGAUGACAAUUGAAGAAAAAGUUUCCGUUAUCUCCGGACAGACGUCCACCACAAAUGGAUGCUCAGGCCAAAUACCUGGAGUUCCUCAUCUUGGAUUUCCUGGCAUAUGUGUAAACGAUGGUCCAAACGGUCUUCAUGAUAUCGCUGGUGUUAAUGGCUAUCCUUCUGCCAUUACUAUUGGUGCGACAUGGAACAAAACGCUUGCCCUUGAACGUGGUCAAUAUAUGGGCCUGGAGUCUAAGGUGAAGGGUGAUGAGUAA